GCAGGUAAGCCGCGGCAUUCCUAGCGACUGAAACACGGACAGGUCCGCUCUCCCCUCAACAGUGUUUUAUCUUUUCCUUUUUACGUGUUGAUGCAACGGGGGAAAAACAAGACAGCGGUGCGGAAUUCAGACACAGAGAGAGAGAGAGAGAGAGGGAGAGAGGGGAGACGAGAGGCAUAGCGUAAGUCCGGUAAACAAGUUCACUCACAGCUGACCGAAGGAAGUCAGUCUGUCAGUUUUUCUCUUUUCUGAUCUUGGUUUUACCGGCUUUUUUUUUUUUUUCGUGUUUUGAUUUGAUGUUUUCUAAAGUUCUGCUUUUGCCGCGGUCCAGUUGUGUUCUUGCCUCUGGUUAUCUCAAGACUAGCACAAGCGGCGACAAACAGGUUCCUUCGUAAACAUUGGCAAGCUUCAUCAGCAGAUAAGAUCCUUGUAGCGGCGAGAGAAACAGAGACUCGACAACAAAACACCCGAGCUUCUUAUUGGCUGUCGGAGGAGUCACGUGAGCAAGAUAGUGAGCACUAUUUUUACUUUCAGGGAAAAAAAAAGAUUUCUCUUAUUUAUUUCAUGCUUCGUCAUCUUCGGAGGACUUACACCUUCAUACGCAGUUGAUAUAAAGAGACAAGCCAGCCGAAGAUCAGUUUCGAAAGCGAGUUCGCUCCACGAGGUGAUGGCUGGAAAUAUGGACAACUUCAAAGAGGACAGAAGAAGUGUGUGAUCUUUUUAUAACUUGCAGUGACAAUUCUCAGGACUUUGAAGAAACAGUGCUCCUACUUGUCGAGAACUGAUCGGCCUGCAUUGACUACAACUUGUAUUUCAAUACAUCCUUACUUUCUCACACCAUUAACUGGUGAGACUUUUUGAGAAGGACACUUUAUACGUGACAAGUCGCAACAACUUCUCAACUUCUGAAAUUGUAUGACUGUGUCAGCGGCUGCUACCAUGGCAACAGCAAUAACACUGUUCCUUCUCGUGGCAGUAUCCCUGCUUUCGCCGGAGGUUGACGGAGCAAAGUUCCUCUUCGGAGGUGAGGCAAGGCGAGUGUGUGAGGCUUACAAACUGAUCUGCCCCACAAAGAAAGUGUGUGCUCUACAGUCUAUUGAGUGGCCGCGAGCCAUGAAGUUCCCGGUGUGCGUUCACGAGAAGCAUCUUAUCGUGAAAUCCAGCAUCUGCAGACGAGCGCCACAGCCAGGGAAAUGCGGCGCCCGCUUCGUGCGUUGGUAUUUCAAUGUGCACAUGGGCGCCUGUAGCUGGUUCACUUACAGCGGCUGUGGCGGGAACUCCAACAACUUCCGCACGGCCGAGGAGUGCGAGACGCGGUGUAUGACGUCAGAGGAUGACACCACCACCUCUGGGCUCCCCAGCCGCCUCAAUGGGAUCAAUACGAUUCUAGUCGAGGACGAGGCCUCUCAACCAGCAGAAGAAGAUGACGUAGAGGAAGAAUACAGGCGUCAACCCAAGCUCAUUCCCGCCCCCGCCCGGGCCGCUGAGAUCAUUGACCUGGAUGACGACAUAACCGCUUCCUUGCAAACAGAUCGGAGAGAGGAAGACCUGGGCAUCAAACGAGCUCUUCGCAAAGAGAGACGGAGGCAACGUCGAUUGAAGAAAGAAAGAAAGAGGAGGCGGAGGAGGAAUAAGAAGAAGAGGAAGAAUCGAAUUAGCCCUAGCGCCGCCUACUCUAAAUCAAGGGAAGUAACCACAGAUACAGCAGAAUCCAGGGAUCCAGACCGGAGCUUAACUCCCCUUGAGCUCGGUCCGAACUUCGAGAGCGGGAAGAAGAACCUGGCGGAGGCGAGCGGGAGAGGAACAACUCACGCGGAGUUUGCACCCGAGCAGAGAGACCUCUUCCAGCGAGAGUGGCUGAUGGACAGAAGAUUCCGUCGCCAGAGGAGGAGAAGGAGGAGGAGGAGAAGGAGGAGACAACCACACCCGACCUCCGCUUUCUCCAGCACAACGAAGGGUGACCUCAGCCCGCCCAAAGUGGGCGCACACCAAGACACGUAUUAUGACAAGGUGCACCUCUUUGACAUCCUGGAGAAGCCGCCGCAAGAUCAGCCACAAGAUACCUAAUCUCAACACUGAGAAGACGCAAGUAAACUAGAAAUUAUAAUAUAGCCAUUGACGCACAUACAUUUCAAACUACUGGUACAGACGAGACGAUUACAACAAACAUGAACUGCAAGAAGUAUCGCAGUUCAAUUACCCCCCUUUUUUCAUAAAGGCCACACCAUGUUGUGAGAGCCAGGGCUAUAUAUAUAUAUAUAUAUAACUCAUCCCGAAAAAUGGCUCGGGACGGAUAUGUGAAAAGGAAUACACGUACCUGAAACACGAGAAUGUUUUUAAACACCCCCACCCCCACCCCAUUCUCUAAACCAGAAUCUUCCCAGCCUCUUGGGACCAAUCGUUGCGCCUGGAAAAGGCUGCUCUAAAAAUAAUUGUGUGACUUGCAGGUCAAAUCCUACCCGAAUGCAGUACUAUUUUGGUUUCGCUGACGCUGUUUACCAUAGAACAAUUAUAGGUUUGAUAGCCCUUAAAGAUUGAAAAGGAAAAUAUAUUCGUAGAUAGCAAUAUCUUACAAUUACAAAGUUGCAUCUGACAUUUUGGCCGGUUUGAGUUUUUAAGACCAUGAGCUCAAAAACCAAAUUUCCUAUCUGCUGUAGCAAUCUCGUAAGAUCUUUCGGAGUCGUCAUCAAGAUAUUCAAUGAAUUGCAUUUUUUUU